AAAAAAAUCUUUAUUUUUAGGGAUUAUAAAACCCUUAAUUAAAUCUGGAAAUAAGAAAUUUCUUUUGAUAUUAUCUUAAUUAUAAGUUUUCUCAAAAGAACGAUUAAAUAAUUCAAAUUUUUGGUUAAUUUCUUUAAAAGAAAUCAUUAUGUUUGAUGAAAAUGUUAUAAACAAAGAAAAUAAUAAAUAUUUUGACAAUAAUUCUUUAAAUCUUAAUGAAAAUCUUAAUGAAAAACUUGAAGAACCUUGUUCUUUACAGUACUAUUUUGAUAGUUUUUUUAUGUGUUAUACAUUAAAAAAUCAAUUUGUUCAUUAUUAUCGUUAUGGACAGCGUCCAGACUGUUCAUCAAAGUGGAGAGAUUUUUUAUGGUGUCUACGUUCAAAAAGUCAAAGUAAAGAAUUGGAACAAAAGAUGUUACUUGAAAAAAGGCUUGAAAAACUUGAAAUGCUUAAAAAAGGUAGAAAUAGUGAAGAAAUUUGGUCAUCAAAAGUAUAA